AUGCGUUGUUCCAGUGACGCUGUGUGGGUGCAUCAGCGCAUGGUUGCAACGCGACGCUUUGCAGAGGCGUUUUUUCCGUUCCCGGUGUUAUUAUCGUUAUUAUUAUUGUAGGUCCACGCCAAAGAAUGGAGACCAAACCGGUGAUCACCUGCCUCAAAACCCUUCUCAUCGUAUAUUCCUUCGUGUUUUGGAUAACAGGAGCCAUCCUGCUGGCAGUAGGAGUAUGGGGGAAGUUGAUGCUGGGCCCGUACAUCUCCCUGAUAGCCGAUAACUCCACCAACGCCCCGUAUGUGCUCAUCGGCACCGGGACCGUCAUCAUCGUCUUCGGCCUGUUCGGAUGCUUUGCCACCUGCAGAGGGAGCCCAUGGAUGCUCAAGCUGUAUGCCAUGUUCCUCUCCCUGGUCUUCCUGGCUGAGUUAGUGGCCGGGAUCUCUGGAUUUGUCUUUCGCCACGAGAUAAAGGGAACCUUUCUGAGGACAUACACUGAUGCCGUGCUGAACUAUGACGCUGAGAACGAGGCGAGCCGUGCUGUCGAUAACUUGCAGCACAAACUGCGCUGCUGUGGAGUGUAUAACUACACCAGCUGGUUGGCCAGUGUGUAUUACCCGGCCCAUGGCAUUCCUCCAAGCUGCUGCUUGAACUCCUCUGACUGCAGCCCAGACGACCUCCGCAAUGCCACUGUAGCCCCGAACAAGGUCUACCACCAGGGCUGCUAUGAGUUGGUCACCUCGUUCAUGGAAACCAACAUGGCCAUCAUUGCAGGAGUGACGUUUGGGAUUGCUUUCUCACAGUUGAUUGGCAUGUUGCUGGCCUGCUGUCUGUCCAGGAUCAUCACAGCCAAUCAGUAUGAGAUGGUGUAGCUGAUGUGAGGGGGCAGGGAGAUGAAGAGGAGAGGACAAACGUGCACCUUGAUAAACGAUUAGUGGAAAUUCCUGCCACACGAGCAGACGUCCGGAUUGAAAUUGAAGUCUCCCUCUCCGUCUCUCUGCCUGGAAUCUUAAUGUAAUAUCUCAAUGUAACUUACUGUAAAGCACCAUUCCUUAACUCAUGGCUGUUGCAUCGAAGCUUUCUAUACCAUGCUUUACACCGCCGCUUGGUGUAGAAGUUGCUCGUAACCAUAUAUCUUGGAUCAGUAUUAGCCCGCCCCGAAACAGUUUUACCAGAAUCGUGUGAGUAGGCAGCAGUGUUUGGUCUCAGAAAGGUGAUUGAGUGCAUCGUAGCUGUUUAGUUGAGUACAGCAUGCUUCACUGACUGUCAUCACAAGGUCACUGCACAUAUCUGUACAGAAUGACAUAGCUAAAGCUUGGAGAGUAAUUCUUUAAUAGAUAGUCUGGAUUUUGCAUUUGAUUUUGCUAUUGCUCACCAAUGUAUAUUCCUAUGGUUGUGAAUUUUUUUUUUUUCGAACUGAGAAUCUUGUACUGAGGAUGGUAUUUUUUGGGUUAGAGUGACAACAGGGAGUAGCGGGAGAAUGGUUAGAGAGUGUUUAGACUUUUCGAUAAGGCACAAUACCUUUUUCCCCCUCUUGAAUAUGCAAUUGAAUAAAAUAAUUCAACGACAGAUUGAAAUGUGAAGUGACGAAGUCAAAUAAUCGAUUAUAGCCUCGAUCUGGGAUAUACAAACAAGGAUUGUAUGCACACAAAUUCUUCUAGGGCAUUUUUUUGUUGUUCAGUCUUUGUUUUCAAGCUCAAUUUUGCCCCAUACACUUGAAAUUGUCCUUCGUGGUCACAUGAUGUCAGCUCCAUGUGGAAUGGAAAUGUAUCCACCCCAUGUAACAAACAUAAACAAGGCCAAAGCCUCAUUGCCUUGACAGUUUAAAGGGUGUUUAUCGAUUUGAAGCCUAUUUGGUUGUUUUUCUUUAUCGGACAAUUGCCAUAAUUAGGUAAAUGCUCCUAUACAUGUCUGAAAACUUUUGUUAUACAGGCUUUCGGUAAAAAUAAUCAACACAAAAGUCUAAAAGUCAAGGUGUGGCUUUGAUAUAUUAGGAGAAAACACACACACACACUAAUAAUUGGAGAUGAUCAUGAUCACAGCUCUUUGGCGUAAAGCCUAAUAUGUAUAUAAGCACUUAUAUGUAUCGGUGAUUACAGUACAACAAAAGGCCGUGAUCAUGGUUGCACUGAAUCAUUAGUGUGUUUAUUUGUCGGGGUUAUGAAUCAUUUUCCUCAAGUGGGAGAUAAUGCCAGCCGCCGGUUACAGUGGAAGAAGGUAAAAUUACAGAUACAAGGUGUUCGCCGUAGUCCAAGCUAUUUUGACCUUGUAUUUAUAGUAUUCUAUGUUGGUAAAAAAAAAAAAAAAAAAAAAAAA